CUCGGUGACGUAGCCGUUUACAGAAAUACUUUUACGUCAACGCGUGUGCGGGCUUGUCACGUAAAUUCGGUCAAGUACGUGAGUCUCUGCACGCUCGCCCAGUUUGAGGGAACACAACAAAAGACGACGGGGGACUGACUUUGACCGCGUGCACUGAUGUUUUCAAACUAGGAGCCGUGGAGUGACGACGACUCUCUUAUCUCCGUCCACCAUGAAGAAGUAGUAGUACGAGGGCCCUCUUGUCCUUCUUUAUUCUGGCUCACAGUUUCUGCGGAGAUUUUGCACCCAAACAAAAGUUGACAGGAUAUAUCGCUAAAAAGCGUCUCGUUGGGACAUAUAGGCGACACGGAGUGAAUUCCUGGUUGUAAGGAAACAUGAUUCUGAGGAACAUCCAACCAGCAACCUACAGAGCAUGGCUGUCUCGGGUCUGGUGGAGGCAGGAGCCGUGUUUCUUCUCCUCCGUGCCCCCACAGCCGGUGCCGCCUCUGGUCCAGACCCUGCAGGGCUACCUGAGCACCCUGGAGCCCCUGCUGCCCCCGGAUGAGCUCAGCCACACCCGCCGGAUGGUGCAGGAGUUCGGCAGCCCGGGUGGCCUCGGCGCACGGCUGCAGAAGGCGUUGGAGAAGAGAGCCAGGCACACCAAGAACUGGAUCUCACCCUGGUGGGUGCAGUGGGCGUACCUGGAGAGCAGACAGCCGCUGCCUGUGCACUCAAACCCGGCCAUCUCUCUGCCCAGGAGAGAUUAUAAUGGCUGGAGGAGCCAGCUAGUGUUCGCAUCCAAACUCAUAGCAGCAGUUCUGGAUUUCAAGGCCAAAAUCAAAACCGGCCAUCUGCCGGUCGAGAACAUGCGAGGGAAGCCCCUGUGCAUGGAGCUCUACCCGCUCCUCUUCUCCUCCUGCAGGAUCCCCGGCCCCAAACACGACUACAUCGCCCACCACGGUCGCUCCCGCCGCUCGCCGACUCACAUCACAGUCGUCAGGAACUACCAGUUCUUCCAGCUGGAGGUUUACAACAGCGACGGCUCCCGCAUGACGGAGAGUCAGAUCCACAGCCAGCUGUUGAGGAUCCGGUCUCAGUCCUGGAAGACGGACAAAGAGCCGAUGGGCAUCCUGACCAGUGAGCACCGUCACACCUGGGGAGAGGCCUACAACCGGCUGCUGAGAGAUAAACUAAACAAGGAAUCUGUGGGACUGAUAGAGACGGGUCUUUUCUCCUUGUGUCUGGAUUCUCCGGUCAUGAGGAUAUCGGAUGAAAAGUAUGCCAGCCGUAAGGCAGCACAGGUUCUGCAUGGAGGCGGGACGUUCUCCAACAGCGGCAACCGCUGGUUUGAUAAAACGCUGCAGUUUGUGGUGGGCGAGGACGGCUCCUGGGGUCUUCUGUAUGAAGCAGCCAUAGCUGAGGGUCCACCCAUAGCGACACUGCUGCAUCAUAUCCUCGAGUACUGUGAGAAACCGGACCCAAAGAGGGCGCCGCUGGUCCCUCUACCGAUGCCCAAGAAGCUCUACUUUCACAUAGACCGGGAGAUUAAGAGGGACAUAGAGCACGCUAAGCAGAACCUCGACAUACUGAUCAACGACCUCGACGUGAACGUAUUCAACUUCAAGAAGUUUGGUAAGGAGCUUCCCAAGCAGCACAACCUGAGUCCUAACUCCUUCAUCCAGGUCGCCCUGCAGCUCGCCUACUACAGAGUUCACGAUGAGGUCUGCCCUGCCUGUGAUAUCGCCUCCCAGAGGAUGUUUCGCGGCGGGAGGACAGAAUAUAUCCGCUCGCCCGCGAAUCAGACGCUCAAGUUCAUUCUCGCCUUUGACGACCCGUCCGUAACGCGAGAGGCCAAGCUCCAACUGUUCAGAGAAGCUGUUGAUGCCUACACAGCUCUGACUCUUAAGGUACUUCAAGGACACGGCGUAGACCUCCACCUGCUGGGGCUCAAGCUGCAGGCCAUCGAGGAAGGACUGAGCAUCCCCAAAGUCUUCAUGGAUACAGCAUACGGCCUCGCAACACACUGGAAACUCCGAACGGGGCAGGUGCCAGCGAACACUGACAGCGUGAUGUGCUUCGGGCCCCUCGUUCCUGACGGUUACGCCAUUUGCUACAACCCUCAGGCAGACCACGUCCACUUCUCCAUCACCGCCUUCAACUGCUGCGAGGAGACUAAUGCAGAAACGUUGGCUCUCACCCUGAAAGACACUUUGGGUCACCUACAGGAGCUACUGCAGCCUACUGUGUAGAGCUGCUCAUGUAGUAUGUCCAACAGGAUACACCCAUUCCUCUACACAUGGAAAAAUAGACAUUAUUUUCUUAAAACAACAUUUUGUAGAAGUCUUGAUGAGGUUUGGAUGUUUUUCUGUUCAUGCAACGCUUCAAGCUUUUAAAUCUGAGCAAGUUUUGAAGAAUGUGCAUGGUGUCUAUGGUGCUUUUGAUUUUUUGUAUAGCUUUUGAUGGAGCAAUAAAUCGCUUUCAUUUUCUAGCAAGAGCUGAGCAAGCACGCUGAAUUAUAUUUGCUACAGUGGAUGCAACAACAUGUCUAUGUGAAAGCAAAACAAAGUCAACCUGACUCUCCAUCAUUCAUCAGAACAAGCCAAAGCAGUUGUGUUGAAACUGACUCCACUCCUUUUACAAGUCACGGGAUAAACAGUAGCCUUUCUAGUACCCUAUACUGAGAAUACAUACGUUUCUUUUUCAAAACCAUCAAUUGUUUCUGGAAACUAUUGAUUGUAUAUGUCUGUUCUAAAUGGAUCAAAGGCCAGAAGGUUGGUCAUUAAUGGUGACCGUGCAAAGAAGGUGCUUAUGUCUCUUUUCCGUCAAGCAACUUCAGGGUUUACUUGCUGUAUAUGGAAAUGAAUGUUGGGGGGCUUUUGGGUGUUGUUCAACCUGCAGUAUUGUUUAAUAAAACCUGCCAUCACUUGA